AUGGAGUUGAAGAACAGAGCUCUCUACUGUACCUUCUGUACAGUUCUUGCUGUUUUAUUGAAUUGUCCUGCGGUGUUUGCAGGUGAUAUAGUUCACCAAGAUGAUAUCGCUCCAGCAAGACCUGGUUGCAAUAACAACUUUGUGCUGGUUAAAAUACCAAUUUGGCUAAAUGGUAAAGAAGUAAUGGAGUUUGUCGGUGUCGGUGCUCGGUUUGGUCCCACCUUGGAAGCAAAAGAGAAACGCGCCAACCAGUCUAGAGUUGCUCUCGCAGAUCCUCCUGAUUGUUGUACAAAACCCCGGAAUAAGCUCACAGGUGAGGUUAUCUUGGUUCAUCGGGGUAAUUGCAGUUUCACUACCAAAGCAAAUGUAGCAGAAGCUGCUGGUGCUUCAGCAAUACUUAUUGUGAACAACCGCACAGAACUAUUCAAGAUGGUUUGUGAAGCCAACAAAACUGAUGUGGACAUUAAGAUACCUGCUGUCAUGAUCCCACAAGAUGCUGGCGCUAGCUUGGUACAAAGUAUCAGGAAUGACUCUCACGUUUCUGUUCAACUGUACUCUCCACGACGACCAGCAGUGGAUGUUGCUGAGGUUUUUCUAUGGCUAAUGGCUGUUGGUACCAUUUUAUGCGCAUCUUAUUGGUCUGCAUCCACUGCAAGAGAAGCAGCUAUUGAGCAGGACAAGUUCUUAAAGGAUAUUUCCGAUGAGUAUCUCAGCAAGGAAAACAAUCGCUCUAGUGGUUUUGUGGACAUCAACACGACAUCAGCAAUUUUCUUUGUUGUGAUUGCUUCCUGUUUCUUGGUUAUGCUCUACAAAUUGAUGUCUUACUGGUUCAUUGAGGUUCUGGUGGUUCUAUUUUGCAUCGGUGGUAUAGAGGGUCUACAAACUUGUUUGGUGGCGCUAUUAUCAUGUUUCAGAUGGUUUGAACCUGCUGCAGAGUCAUUUGUUAAAGUACCUUUCCUGGGAGCUGUAUCAUAUUUGACACUUGCCGUUUCUCCUUUCUGCAUAGCAUUUGCUGUAGUGUGGGCAGUUUUCCGCCGUGUCUCCGUCGCUUGGAUUGGCCAAGAUAUCCUUGGAAUCGCGUUGAUAAUCACAGUUCUUCAAGUCGUACGAGUUCCCAAUCUCAAGGUGGGAACUGUUCUACUCAGUUGUGCGUUCUUGUACGACAUUUUUUGGGUGUUUGUUUCCAAAUGGCUGUUCAAAGUGAGCGUGAUGAUAGUGGUAGCUCGUGGUGAUAAAAGUGGCGAAGACGGCAUUCCCAUGCUACUCAAGAUCCCUCGAAUGUUUGAUCCUUGGGGCGGAUACAGCAUCAUUGGAUUUGGCGAUAUCAUUUUGCCAGGACUACUAGUGGCCUUUUCCCUAAGAUACGAUUGGCUGUCUAAANAUUGGCUGUCUAAAAAAAGUCUACGAGAUGGAUACUUUCUAUGGGCAAUGAUUGCUUAUGGCUCAGGUCUUCUUGUUACAUAUGUGGCUUUGAACAUGAUGGACGGACAUGGCCAACCAGCUUUGCUUUACAUCGUACCUUUCACACUAGGCACAUUUAUAACAUUGGGGAAGAAGAAAGGUGACUUGAAGCAUUUAUGGACCCAAGGAGAACCCGAUAGACCUUGCCCACAUGUCCAACUUAAACCCUCCGAAGAAUGA